UGAAGAAGCUGUGUGGAAGAAAGAAACGCGUGGCGGCUCGAUGCGGUACGAAGGGUCAGCGUAUUUACUGUCCCAGAGUCAGAGACUAGACGUAAGUAAAGUGGUGUAUUUGUUUGAGGACGUUGAGGCGAUUUCAGAUCUCCUUUCAUUUCAGUUGCCCGUGAAGCAUCAGCAGUUGCUCUCGGACCCCAAAGACGCGGAUGAGGGAAAAGAAGGAGUGGAGGAAAUGGAGAUGAAGGUGAGGACGAAAAGGGAAGAAACAACGACGGAAAACGUUUCCCACAACAAAGCGGGGAAUAGCUCGUCCAAGAAGCAGAACAAACUGCGAAAAAAGACCCCCGAUCUUGGUGUUGCCGCGGAUUCUACGGAAAAAUGCGGUCAACUGUUGGUCGCAGACUUUCUUUCUCCCGAGGGAGUUCUCACCGCCUUGAACGCUACGCUUGCACCCCCGGGGCGUGUGAUCGUCUUCACAACAAGUCAUCCGGAGAAGCUGCCCGCUCUCUUCUGGAAGCCCGGCGUCGUGACGCUGACAGUCCGCUUGGGUAUUCUUAACGCGUCGUCCGCGAUGGAUCUCGUCAACCGCUACUGCGGUGCCUCUUUCACGCCUUCGUUGCGGAAAAGAUUGGAAGUGCUCUUUGCGCGGUGCGAAGCCAAUGCUGUAGCGGAGGUGAUGAACCCGGCGUCACUGUUGCAUGUACUGACCAUUUGUGAUGAUGCUGAGGAGGUGCUGAGGGAGCUGGAGCGCUUUUGUUAA